AUGCUAGAUACUAAUUGCACAAAUAAUUUCUCAUCAGGUACUCGUAUUACUUUAGCAUUUUUAAUGGCAUUACUAGCUUUUGCUACAAUGCUAGGAAAUGCUGUGGUCAUUUUAGCUUUUGUGGUGGACAAAAGUCUUAGACAUCGAAGUAAUUAUUUUUUUCUUAACUUGGCCAUUUCUGACUUCUUUGUGGGUGUGAUCUCUAUUCCUUUGUUCAUUCCGCACACAGUGUUCAAGUGGGACAUGGGAGAUAGCCUGUGUACGUUUUGGCUCAUUAUUGACUAUCUUUUGUGUACAUCAUCUGUGUAUAACAUUGUCCUCAUCAGUUAUGAUCGAUACCAGUCGGUCUCCAAUGCUGUAUCCUAUAGAGUUAAACAAACUGAGAUCUUGAAGAUUGUGGCUCUGAUGGUGGCUGUUUGGGUGCUAGCCUUCUUAGUGCAUGGCCCAAUGAUCCUAGUUUCACAGUCUUGGAAGGAAGACAGGAAAACAUGUGAGCCUGGAUUUUUUUCAUCAAAGUACCUCAUUGCCUUCACAUCAUUCUUUGAAUUUCUGGUCCCAGUCAUCUCGGUGGCUUAUUUUAACAUAUACAUUUACUGGAGCCUAUGGAAGCGUAGUAGUCUCAGUAGAAGCCAAAGCCAUCAUGGCAUCAGUCCUCCUGUCUCUUCCAGCAACUCUGGACACUCAUCCAAAAGUGGACUAAUUUCUACGACGUCUCUUUCUAAACUGAAGGAAACAGGAGCACCCCUUCAUUCAGAGAAACAGAGAAGAAAGGAUAGUCUCCUUCUUUCAUUAAGAAGGCAGAUAAAUAACAAUACAAUUGCUUCCAAAAUGUGUUCCAUCUCCCAUUCAGAUUCUAUAACUCUUCAGCAGAGGGAACUGCUCAGAGCCAAGAAAUUAGCCAGGUCACUGGCCAUACUCUUAAGCGUUUUUGCCAUUUGCUGGGCUCCCCAUUCUGUGUCCAUAAUUUUUCUUUCAGACAAACCUAAACCAAAUUGGUAUGAAAUUCUAUUUUGGCUUCAGUGGUUCAAUUCUUUUGUUAAUCCUUUUUUGUAUCCAUUGUGUCACAAACGUUUUCAGAAGGCUUUCUCAAAAAUAUUUUGUAUGAAAAAGAAAACCCUAUCAUCACAUAAUCAAUCACUAUCAUUUGAAAGAUAA